AUAUAUAUAUAUAUAUAAAAAUCAAUGGAGAACAAGCCACCGGCUCGUGGAAAACUGGUCACCAUCCUCAGCUUAGACGGCGGAGGAGUCCGAGGAAUUAUCGCCGGAGUUAUCCUCGCCCGACUCGAAAAAGAACUUCAGGAGCUGGACGGGGAAGGUGCAAGGCUGGCGGACUAUUUCGACGUGAUGGCCGGGACGAGCACCGGAGGCCUCGUGACGGCGAUGUUGACGGCGCCCAACGAACUCGGCCGACCGCUUUUUGCGGCCAAAGAAAUCGUUCCUUUCUACAUGGAGCAUUCUCCAAAGAUCUUCUCACAGCCCGGAGGGUGGCUUAGUGUGUUGCCGAUGCCACCAAGGCUUCUGUCUGGACCGAAAUACGACGGCAAAUAUCUUCACGAACUGUUAAGGAAGUUGCUUGGAGACAAAAGACUUCACCAGACGCUAACCAACAUCGUUAUACCUACCUUCGACAUCAAGAAACUAAACCCUACAAUCUUCUCCUCCUACAAGAUAUUGACUGAUCCGACUUUAGAUGCCAAGUUAUCGGACAUAUGCAUCAGCACGUCGGCUGCUCCGACAUUUUUACCUUCCCAUUACUUUGUGAACGAAGAUAUUAACGGGAAGAAGACAGAGUUCAACCUCAUUGAUGGAGGAGUCACUGCCAAUAACCCGACUUUGGUGGCAAUGACUGCAGUGUCUAAACAAAUCAUAAUGAACAAUCCGGACAUGGGGAACAUGAAUCCGUUGGGGUACGACCAUUUCCUCGUAGUAUCGAUAGGGACAGGAUCGGCGAAGAAGGAAGAGAAGUACAAUGCCACAAAGUCCUCCAAAUGGGGAAUCUUAUCCUGGCUCUAUGAAGACGGAUCGUCUCCGAUUAUAGAUUGUUAUUCGGAAUCGAGCAGUGACAUGGUCCACUACCACAUCUCCGUCGCGUUUCAAGCCCUUGAUUCCCAGGAGAAUUACCUUAGAAUCGACGAUGACACACUGGAAGGAGAUACGAGCUCUCUUGACAUAUCGACAAAGGCUAACUUGGAAAAUCUUGUGAAGAUCGGGGAGAAGAUGCUGAAGAACAGAGUCGAGAAAAUGAAUAUUGAAACUGGGAAAUACGAGCCGGUUCCUGAUGAUAUUACCAACGAACAAGAACUCAAAAGGUUCGCGAAAAUACUUUCGGAUGAAAUGAAACUCCGGAAAUCCAGAAGCCCGACUGCAUAGUCUGAUCCUCAACAAUGGCAAUGGACCAAGCUUUGCCUUUUGCUAUGUCCAUCCGACAAUCUAUUUCAUAUGGAUUUUGUUAUGUUUGUCUUUGUGAUGAACCUGUUUGAGUUCAUAUUUAAUGUGUAUGUGUCUUUGUGAUGAA